CUCGCCCGCGGUUUUCUCUCGCUUUUCCCCAGACAACAAACCUUUACCAUCCAGAUACCCCCCAGCAUGUUAGUGCUUUGCAAUUAGAUUUUUUUUGUUCGUCUUGUCUAAUUAUUUGUUUUGUUCAUUGUUCUAUUCGUAACAAGUCCGUGUUCUUUUCGGGUUUGCGCAUUCUGUUAGUGGCGCAAAAAUGCCUGAAAAGGUACAUACCCGAUUCGAGGACUCGGAUGAUGACACGGGGAAGGUUGUCGUUCGUCCUCAGAAGGAGGAGCAGGUAUCUGUUGCGGCACCUUCAGUGAAAGAGCCGCAUCAGAAAAAGAAUAAGAAGCGAAAGAGAGAAGAGACUGCGGAGGCUCAGCCGAAUACCCAGCGAGUGGUCAUCCGGGAUGGAGAAAAGCCCAAAAAAGCUGCGUCGCCAGCCCAAGAGAAUGACCAGAAGAAAGAUGAGAAAGAUGUGUCAAAUGGUUUCCAGUCGAAGAAGAGACAUCAAGCAAAGGAUCAGAAGGUGAUCAGACAGGGAAAGCCAUCAUCUUCGCUAAGGGAGAAGGCCAAGGCACUGUAUGAGAUUCGGAAGAAAUUACCCAUUUUCCCGCACGCGGAUGAGAUCCGUCAGCAGCUCAGGAAGAACGAUGUGAUGCUUCUUGUCGGUGAGACAGGAAGCGGAAAGAGUACUCAGAUUCCGCAGUUCUUAGCCGAUGAGAGCUGGUGCCGUCCGAAGACCGUCAAAGUGACGGCGGAAGACGGGAAACAGAAAGAUGUGAGUGUGGGUGGAUGUAUCGCAAUCACGCAACCGAGACGAGUAGCUGCCAUUUCUUUGGCGAGACGUGUGGCGGAUGAAAUGGGAACGCCCUUGGGAUCAUCUUCGCCGGCCAGUAGAGUGGGAUACUCAGUCCGUUUCGAUACGUCCACGUCGCCCAGUACGAAGGUCAAAUAUUUGACUGAAGGAAUGCUUUUGCAAGAGAUGCUACAUGAUCCAUGGUUGACCAAAUACAGCGCUGUGCUGGUCGAUGAAGUUCACGAAAGAGGUGUCAACGUGGAUCUCGUCUUAGGUUUCUUGCGGAACAUUGUUUCCGGAAAGAAAGAGGGACGAGGAGGCGUUCCGCUGAAAGUCAUUGCUAUGAGUGCUACAGCGGAUAUGGAGAGCCUUCUGUCAUUUUUCAAGGAAGGAUUUGAUAAUUCGAAGAGCGCUGGAUCGGAGGGCACCAACGGUUCGAGUGGUCCUUCCGAUGAACAUGACCCCAAGGGAGAUGACGAACAAAGUCAAGUGGCAGUUUGUCACAUCAAGGGUCGACAAUUCCCUGUGAAAACGAUCUACACACCUGAACCAGUCCAUGAUUUCGUCGACGCAGCACUUAAGGUCAUAUUCCAAAUCCACUGCAAGGAGCCCCUGCCGGGUGAUAUCCUCGUCUUCCUCACAGGCCAAGAGACUGUGGAAGCGCUUGAGUAUCUUGUCAACGACUAUUCUAUUGGGAUGGACCCUGCUCUACCGAAGGUGCAGGUUCUACCAUUAUUCGCUGCUCUUCCUCAAGCUGCACAGCAAAGAGUUUUCCAGCCAGCGCCUCCUCGAACAAGAAAGAUAAUCUUGUCAACAAACAUCGCUGAAACUUCCGUUACGAUUUCGGGGAUUCGGUUUGUUGUCGACUGCGGCAAAGCCAAAAUGAAGCAAUUCCGAACUCGUCUGGGCCUCGACUCGCUGUUAGUCAAGCCCAUUUCGAAGUCCGCAGCGAUCCAGCGAAAGGGUCGAGCAGGAAGAGAAGCGCCAGGACAGUGCUACAGGCUGUACACGGAGAAGGAUUAUCUCGCACUGCAAGAGACAAACACCCCAGAGAUUCUCCGUUGCGAUCUGAGUCAGGCUAUCCUCACCAUGAAAGCUCGAGGUGUCGACGAUAUUGUAGGCUUCCCCUUCUUGACCAGACCUCCUCGAGAGGCGCUUGAGAAGGCACUUCUACAACUCUUCAACAUCCAAGCAUUGGAAGAGUCGGGAAAGAUCAGCGCUAUUGGACUUCAGAUCGCCAAGCUACCUUUGACAGCACCGCUGGGAAGAGUCCUGCUUGCAGCUGCGCAAAACGGACCCAAAUGUCUGUUAGACGUCAUUGACAUCAUAUCAUGUCUCAGCGUGGAGAACAUCUUCUUGAACACGACGUCUGAAGAGAAGAAGGAAGAGGCAGAGAAAGCGAGGCGCGAUCUGUUCCGCAGAGAGGGAGACCACUUGACUAUGUUGGCUACUGUCCAGGGCUACGCGGCGGAAAAUACGGAUCGAAAGGCAUGGGCUGAAAGACAUAUGGUUUCACACCGAGCCAUGCAAUCUGUCAUGGACGUCCGUAAACAAGUCACCGCACAGUGCAGACAGUCCAAACUCCUACCAGACGCGAAUACAUGCGCCUUAAUCGCGAAUGACCAGCCCGACCCCGUUCUCAUCCUCAAGAGCUUCCUCACCGGCUUCGCUACGAACACUGCCCGUAUCGUCCCAGACGGGAGUUACCGCACCAUUGUGGGCAACCAGACCGUUGCAAUCCACCCGUCCAGUGUGCUGUUUGGAAAGAAAGUCGAAGCUAUCAUGUACAACGAAUUCGUGUUCACAAAUCGGAGUUACGCUCGAGGAGUGAGUGCUGUGCAGAUGGACUGGGUUGGUGAAGUUUUAGCGGGACAGUAGGUCGGUAGAACUCUGGAGUUAAGCAUUGCACUAUUUGAUAUCCAAGGGCCUCAUAACAUGCUUCUUUAUCCCAGUAAAUGAUGCUUAUUGCGAGGAAUCAUGGAGUAAUAGCAUUGAUAAUGAUCCCGGUUGUAACUAUACCGUAUACCCAAUUUGUCUCCGCAAAAGAAUACCAUACAUAACUAGUAGCUGAAAGAUCAAGGGGAAAACAACUCAUCC